AUGACAUUUCAAGCGCUGAGGGACAGUACAGUGACUGAACUCGGUCCUCUCUAUGUCGUUUCCUGGGUAAGCUGUGGUUGCUGUUUCCUGGCUUCCUGGUGCCUCCUGCUUGCAGCGGUGAUCCAGCGUCCACCAACGGUCCUACCUCCUUCUAAAAACAAGCAAACACCAUUGCUCUCCACGGGCAAUGACUUCAGCCUGGAGCCCUUCAAUCAGUAUUCGAGCAAGACCUGA